UAAUGUACUCAUGGCGUUUAAACACAUCAUUUAUUCUGAUGACAUCUGAUUUUAUUCAUAUUGCUUUAUGACGUUGCACUACUAAGUGCGUUCCACAAUAAGCUUCGAACUCGCGAGGCGAAGUUGAAGAUGGCCGAGGAAAACCGGACAUUAACCAAAGAUGUGAUGUACGAACGGAUACCGAGCCUCAGUAGGACUCGAGCCUUCGUCAAGUACACCCAAAAAAGUGACCCAGGCACCAGAGAGAAAAAGUGAGAGAGAAAACGAGAGGAGGACGAAGGAACUUCGAUAUUUUUAAGAUUCAAGUAUCCUGGCGUUGAAGUUGAACGCGAGAUGGCGACGUUGUCGUGGUGCCUGAAGAAGGAUCUCAUCCUGCUUUUAUUCAUGGCAAUUUUCUUCUUUUCGAGCUGUGAUUUGGCGAGGAAAAAUAAUCAACCUGAAGUGAAAAUUUGUCAAGGAAUCCUGCGGGGAAAAAUAAUGACGACGCACAGUAAUCGAAGUGUGUCAGCUUUCCUGGGAAUCCCUUACGCGCAACCACCGACUGGAAAUCUUCGAUUCGCGAAUCCGGUGGCAGCUGGUGGUUGGAACGGGGUUCGAAACGCUAGUGUCAAUUCGAAUCAAUGCUCUCAAGUCUCAUUCUCAGGCGCCGAAAUAACGGGGGACGAGGAUUGCCUGUAUCUGAAUGUGUACACGCCAAAGCUUCCCGAACAUACAACCUCGCGAUUACUUCCGGUGAUGGUGUUCAUUCACGGUGGAGAAUUCAGCUUCGGAAGCGAUACUUCGUCGAUUUAUGGCCCGGAAUACCUCCUCGAGAAAGAUGUGAUUCUCGUAACCUUCAACCAUCGUCUAGCAGCAUUAGGAUAUUUGAGCACCGGUGACACGGUGGCUUCCGGAAAUUGGGGCUUGAAGGACCAGGUCCUCGCCCUGAAAUGGGUUCAGGCUAACGUCGAGUACUUUGGCGGCGAUCCUGAUCAGGUGACGCUGUUUGGAGAAAGUUCAGGCGCGGUUUCAGCCCAUCUUCUGACAAUGACGAAUAUCACGAUUGGGCUCUUCCACAGAUACGUAAUGGAAAGUGGAUCCGGCCUUGGGGCGUGGUCUUAUAGACCAAGCGGCCCUUAUGCUGGCCAAGCAUUUGACCUUGGCAAAUAUGUUGGCUGUUCCAAUACAUCAACGGAUUCACUGAUUCAAUGCUUGCGGACAGUCGAUGUUUCGGACAUUUUAGGUUCUUACUCGAAAUUCAGUACUUGGCGAUCAUUCCCGUCAAUCGUGUGGGGCCCAACCGACGAGCCAAAUAUCGAUGGUGCCAUUCUCACUGAUAGUCCCCAAAAUUUAAUUCGCAAUGGUCAGGUUCAAGUUUUGCCUCGGAUUUUAGGUGUCUGCCAAGAUGAAGGAUUAAUUCAGACUUUUGCUUUCUAUCAAAAUAAGUCAAUGGUUGAUGACUUUCUGGCAAACUUCGACCACGUUUUACCUAUUUUAUUGAAUUGGAAAUAUUUGCCGGAUUCGGGAGCUGCUUGGGUUGAACCUAUCAAGUCAUACUACUUCAAAGAUUUCGAAGCCGACAAAAAUGUGAUACUCGCGAAUUUAACAGUCGUCGCGAGUGACGUUCAUUUUAUCUAUCCGGUUUACGACGCACUCCGACAGCAGUUUGCAACGGCUGAGAAUCCACAAUAUUUUUACCACUUCGAUUAUCGUGGUGUAUUAAGCUCAACGAACGCGUAUGGCGGCGAUACGGCGAAUUACGGCGUAUCGCACGGUGAUGAACUAAUAUACCUGUUCCCAAACACGGCAACCUUUUCCAGUCUUAACGAAACUCGAAGCAAGAAAGAUUACGAAAUGGUGAACACUAUGAUAGAAUUGUGGACGUCGUUUGCUAUCGAGGGGAGACCCACGACUUCGGCUUUUAGCUGCGACACGAAGUGGGAACCGUUUUCGAUCGCGACGGACAACGACCUUCGCAUCGGAAAUAUGGCCGAUCUCGCUCUCACCGUUGAAUAUUCUUAUUUCAAAGAACGUCUGCAGUUUUGGGAUGACUUGAAAGCUAAGGUGCCGUUAUAAUCAGCGCGCUGAGUUUACGCGAUCCCUCACUUUGUCA